CACGAUUCGUCUAGACGGACCGGCGUCAUGUUCGCACUCAAGUCGCUCUCCUCAUAUCUCUUCGGUCAAGGCGAAAAAUCCAACAUCAGCGAGAUCCCGCAAGGACAGCUUUACAUCGUCCGUCCACGCUCGCCCAAAGGCUUCAGCGAGCUCAUCUUCAAGGACGCCGCCGCAUUCAUCCGACGAGCAGGCCACGAAUUCCAGUACCAGCUUGUGAUUCAACGCGCAUACGAAGAGGGAGAGGCAGAGCUACUGGAAGAAGAGGAAGGUGCCGAAGGGGAAGGAGUGCUGGGAGAUAAGGACGAGAAGACCUUCCUGCUUGACGAAGACAUCCGUUUCCGCGUCGACCUGAAGCACGACGGUCAGAUUGUGCUUGCGUGGAAGGAUCUGAGCGGCGACGAAGGCGAUCUCUACGAAUUUGUCUGCGACGAGAGCGUUCGACCAGAGACUGCCAAGACAUUCGAGGCGGUCGCAGCGCAGUGCCAGUUCGAGAGAAAGUAUCGCCGAUCCCACCAGUACGCAACCGAGGAGAAUCUGAGAGAAUUCGACUUUGAAGACGACGAGGACAUUCCGACUGCGAGCCCCACCGCGACUUCAGAACAAGGCGUGAGCCCGAUUGCGAGAAGCUUGGUCGAUCUGAAAGAAGGAAGCGCCACCAGCAGCCCGACCAUGGCACGUAUAUCGGCUAAGCGCGAGACACCGGCCACGCCUUCAAAGGCCGUCGCAAAGACACCCACCAAAGCCCCGGCUCCGAGAGAGGUGCCAGCGAGCAGAGAGACACUUGCCGAGGCCGACGCAGAGCUGCACCUGUUCGACUUCACCUCCGGCACCUUCAUCCUGCAAGAUGCACACGCGCAGGCCAUAGUCACCGACACUGGCAACUGGGCAUACUGGCUGCAGAUCACCGGCGAGAAGCAGCAAUGGCUGGGACAAGAGGUGACUCCGGACAUCAACCCCGUCUUCAACUUUGAGUACCUGAGUUUCAUUUUCAAUCACUACACCGAAGACCGCUCAGCCUACUCCUGGCUAUUGAAGUUCUCCGAGCGCGAAAUCAUGGAGACUUUCCAAGAAGGAAUCAUGCAAGCACUGUGGGAGCAUCUGAAUCAAACAAAGUGGCACAAGGCUGUCAAGGAUGCUGAGCGUGAUUAUCUGCUCGAUGCCUUCAACGACUUGGUGCUUGAAGAUGCUCGCGACGAUGAGCGUGAGCGUCAGGCGGCCGAGGAAGACGAAGAGGAAGAAGACUUUGAAGAUGCUGUGGACCGCAAAUCUGAACCCGACUAUGAUGAGGAUGAAGACGAGGACGAGCUGGUCAAUCUAGACAAGGACGGCAAGGUAAAUAGCCAACUUGCCGUUGGUGCUUCAGUCGACAGGUCCUUCGUGGUCCGUGGAGACAAGAUUGGCGUCUUCAAGCACACCGACGACAAUCAGCUUCAGUUCAGCACGAGCAUCAACAAUGUCGCCACGCUCAAGGGCAAGAAUUUCGCGCCUAGCAAGGUCAUGCUUCACGCUCGCGAUCGCAACAUGGUGCUGCAAAAUCCAAACGAUCCCAAUAGCGUUUAUCGCAUGGAUCUCGAGACUGGCAAAGUGGUCGACGAGUGGAAGGUGCAUGAUGACAUCCCAAUCAAUGUCUUCGCACCCGAGAACAAGUUUGCUCAAACGACUGACGAGCAGACCUUCCUCGGUCUAUCCAAGAACGCACUCUACCGUGUCGAUCCGCGUCUGGCUGGCAACAAGCUCGUUGACAGCGAGCUGAAGCAAUACGUCAGCAAGAAUGACUUCUCUGCGGCUGCCACGACCGAGAAAGGCUACAUUGCCGUUGCUUCCAACAAGGGUGACAUCCGCAUGUUCGACCGCUUGGGUAUCAAUGCAAAGACCGCUCUGCCAGCACUUGGCGAUCCUAUCAUCGGCCUUGAUGUCUCUGCCGAUGGACGAUGGGUUCUGGCCACUACACGCACAUACCUUCUGCUCAUCGACGCGCUCCAGAAAGACGGCAAGAAUGAAGGCAAGCUCGGUUUCGAGAAGGCAUUCGCCAAAGACAGCAAGCCGCAACCUCGUCGUCUCGGUUUGACGCCCUCACAUGUUGCGCAAUUCCAGCACGAGACUGGUGCGGCAUUAUCCUUCACUCCCGCUCGCUUCAAUACUGGUGAGGGCUCCGAUGAGACUACUAUCAUUACUGCAACAGGCCCAUUCAUUGUUACUUGGUCACUUGAGAAGGUCGUAGCUGGUCGCAAGGACCCAUACAAGAUUAAGCGUUACCAGGAGGAAGUAAAGGCCGAUAACUUCCGAUACAACUCCGACAAGAACAUCGUUGUUGCUCUGCCGAACGAGGUUGACAUGGUUGCGAGACGAGCUUUGCAGAGACCGACGCGCGAGAGCAUCAUGGCCACGCCACGUCGAAGCAAGGGUAGGGGAUCUUACCUCAGUAGGAAUGAGAUAGUGAACUCACCUUACUGAGUUCGCGAGGCGAAUCAGUCUGGAGUUGCUAGUUCUCUGAUGGAUGCAUGACUAUACGGCCUAGGAGCAGGACCCGCGGCGCUAUAGGAGCGCAUUUGCUUGACCUGUUCCCUUACGGGAGAGGACUUUACGAUCGAUCGCUGGUGCAAUAGACGACUUUACGAACCAGACUUGAAGUAUUAGUAGUAUAAAGCUUCGACCUUUCCAAACGGCUCGCUUCAAUAAUGAAAGAA